GACAAGUGCUCAUGCAAAUGUUUUAGGAGGGUCAAAAUUAAAACGUAGGAGUAGGUAGGACAGCUUUAUUCCGUUCCAACUUCCAAGGUCCGAGGGCUCCAGAAACCGGCAAGGGGAUCGAAGCGGAGAGCAAGGGAGCGGUCGAGCGGGUGACAUCAUCGUCAUCCAGGGUUUCUCAAUCGGCAGCGAUGGCGACCAGGGCGGCGGCGAGGUUCCUGCAGCGCAGGUUUCUGUCUUCCGGCGGCAAGGUCCUCAGCGAGGAGGAGAAGGCCGCCGAGAACGUGUACAUCAAGAAAGUGGAACAAGAGAAGCUGGAGAAGCUCGCACGCAAGGGCCCCAGCUCAGGAGAGCAACCCUCGUCAACCACAGGCUCUGCAGCAAGUGAUGUGAAGGCCGAUGCUGGGCCAACGGAGUCAGCAUCUGCAAGUGUGUCGACGGACAAGAACAAGAACUAUGCUGUUCUGGCAGGCGCAGUUGCUGCCCUGGGUGGCUUGGGUUGGUAUCUAUUGUUAAAGCCUAAGAAGUCGGAGGAGGUUGUGGACUGAAGAGGGAGGUUGUGAAUGCGGAUGGUCGGCCUUAUAUCUCACCAUGGUUUUACUUUCUGCGCAUAGACCUGCAACUUCUGAAAAUAAUUGUUGAAAUUUACUCUGCACUACUUGUUCUUA